AUGGCUGCGCCGGACUCAGCCUCAGGUAGCCCAAAGCCCUCCCUGCAGAGCGAGACUGCUCACAGUCAGCUCCAGGUCACAAUCAAGUCUCCCUCAAGCUUGCCGACAACUUCUCAGCUCAGGAUCACUGCCAUUGAGGGUCAAGAGCUCCUCGAUGAUCCUAACUGGACCGACUUCACGCGGGCAAGCAGCGACCGUAGGCUGAUGAAGCCUUUGACUAUGAGAUUCGUGUCGCAGUCUCCAACGGCCUUUGACCGUCUGUUUGAGCAGCACAAUGAUGUGCGACGAUGCAUUUGGGAGAAGUUGUCGCAGCAGAUGGGCGACUGUGGAUUGAAGGAUAGAAGGUCGACUAUCUUGAUUGAUCGAGAUCCUCUGGUAAAGGCUCAGGAGGGCGGGUAUGUGGACAUCACCUUCUCAUCUGAAACAGCGUUUGCCCGAUUGCUGGGCCGUCUCAGCAGCAUCAGGCUGGUUCUACCAUGUGGCGCCGUCAUCGUUCUGACUCGCACGGACAUGUCCAACAGCUUGAGAGGCGACAUCAUGCCAUUCGAUGUGCUUCGACUGCCCGUGACCGUGCACAACGCCAAGGAUAUCCUGCGCAGUCUCGACGAUAUGGCAUCAGGCGUGGGUUCUGUCAUCGGUAUCGCUAAGCAUGAGAUCAUCGAGAGUUCGUUCAAUCCUCCGCAAGUCAUCUCGGACAAGAUUCGCGGUUGGAUCAAGCUUUGGCCUGCGAGCAUGACUUUGCCGUUUGCAGCCCUGGUAGAGAGGCUGCCUACUGCAUGCAAGUGGCGAGGAGUACCUUUCACCCUUUGGUAUCCUGGUCGAGCUCUUCACAAGACUGCAUCGCCCAGUAUCGACUACCCGAUCGAGGUCAUCGUGGAUGAGGAUGAUAGCCGAGCAAGCUCUUCCACUUCGAGAAGCCGCUCCAGCACCGUACUGCAAGGCUCACACCCUCCCAACAAGCGCAAGAAGAGCUAG